AUGCAGAAUGAGCUGACGGAAGAUCAGAUUUCCGAAUUCAAGGAAGCCUUUGCCCUGUUCGAUACGGAUGGCGAUGGUUGUAUUACUACCAAGGAGCUUGGGAAAGUGAUGCGGUCAUUUGGACAGAAUCCAACUGAGGCCGAGCUUCAGGAUAUGAUCAAAGAGGUUGACGCUGCUGGAAAUGGGACAAUUGACUUACCAGAAUUUCUUAACUUGAUGGUCAGGAAAAUAAAGGACACUCAUUCUGAGGAGGAGCUCAAGGAAGCUUUCCAAGUUUUUGACAAGGAUCAGAAUGGCUUAAUUUCUGCUGCUGAACUUCGCCAUGUCAUGACAAAUCUUGGUGAGGAGCUCACUGAUGAAGAUUUUGAUGAGAGGAUCCGCGAAGCUGAUGUGGAUGGCGAUAGGCAAAUCAACUACGAGGAGUUCGUCAAGGUCAUGAUGGUCAAAAAGCGAAAAAAAAUGAUCGAGUCGAAGAGACAGGUGGAGAAGACGAGAAAGAAUUCUAAGACCAUUCAACUCAAGAAACUGAAUUUGGGUCUUCUCCUCUCUCAAAUAAGGACGACUGUUACAUACUUGGACUGGUACCUGUGA